AUGCCCCUUAAUGUACUUCUUGAGGUUGAAAUCUUUGAUGUUUGGGUCAAGGCUUUACCAACCAACACAGUUGCAGUAGUCAUCAGUUUCCUUCAGAAGAACAUAUUCACUCGUUUUGGUACUCCUCAAGUUAUAAUCAGUGAUGAGGGAUCACACUUUUGCAAUCGCAAGUUCACAGCGCUGAUGGAAUGGUUUGGUAUCAAUCAUAGAGUUGCUACUGCUUAUCAGCCUAAAACGAAUGGGCAAGCUGAGUUGGUUUAUGAGAAGGCAUGUCAUUUGCCUGCGGAGUUAGAGCAUAAAGCAUAUUGGGCUUUGAAGAAAUUGAACUUUGAUAUGACAGCUGCUGGUGAGAAAAGAAUGCUUCAAAUUAAUGAACUCGACGAGUUUAGGCUUCAGGCGUAUGAGAACAAUAAGCUUUACACAGAAAAAGUCCAGAGAUGGCAUGAUAGGAAGUUGGUGCAAAAGGAGUUCUUCAUUGGCCAACAAGUUCUACUUUAUAAUUCUCGUCUCAGACUCUUUCCGGGGAAGUUGAAAUCGAGAUGGUCUGGUCCUUUCACAAUUAAAAUGGUGUUUCCACAUGGAGCAAUUGAAAUAUUUGAGACAACACCGGAUAAAGCAUUUAAAGUGAAUGGUCAGAGAUUGAAGCCAUAUUUCGGAGGAACGGUGAAUCGCGAGUUGGUAAGCCUCGUUCUUUCUACUAUUUAA